AUGGGCUUACCCCUUGGGAUUGGAGAACCUAAUGCGACGAUUGUUUCGGCUAUCAGCCUAGCCUCUCUGAUAACUGCUGCUAUACCCGGUUGCAUAGUUCACGUGGUACAGAACGACGAUCUCACUAUAGACCAGCUUACUCCUGUUCUACGCCACUUUCAUGCUGUUGUCAUCGGCCCUGGACCUGGCUCCCCCGAUGUUGCUACUGAUGUUGGCGUGCUUCCAUACCUUUGGAAGCUGUCUGAACAUGACAUCUUACCCAUAUUUGGCGUUUGCCUCGGGCUACAAAGCCUCGCGCUCGAAUUCGGCGCUGAUGUCCAUCGGCUGAAUGUCGUAAAACAUGGGCAGAUCUCGAACCUCGUACACGACGGUACCGGCCUCUUCAAAGGCGUGGGCGCUGCGCAUGUCGUCCGAUAUCACUCUUUGCAUAUCCGUCUUUCUCCUGAUGGUGUGAUACAAGAGCUGGCAACUGCGGACGACGGUGCAGAGAAUGGGCGCGUCGUGAUGGCUGUACGACACCGCGACAAACCUUUUUGGGGUGUGCAAUAUCAUCCCGAAUCCGUCCGUACCUCUGGUGGCGGCAUAGACGUGCUAAAAAACUUCUGGCGCUUGGCAACAGCCUGGGCAACUCUGCAUGAGCGUAUACCAGAACGUUGGGACUCUACCCUGGAACGCACGUUCGGGGCUCCUUGGCCCAGGAAACGACUGAUACCCGAAGACAUCACUCCGCGCUCAUCAUCUACACACUAUCGCUACCUUGAACUGCAUAAGCCCGAUAUCUCCGUUCAUGCUCUCUGUGAGAAGGUCGGCGCCAACGAUACACAGACGCCAUUUGUUUUGCUCGAAUCAGCUGCACAUCCUGGACGAUACUCCAUAAUCGGCUGCACUGAUGCAGUAUCGCCGCGCAUCCAAUACACGACCGGAGACGUUGACGUUGUCGUCUCUGGGAUUCGCGAGUGCCUGGCCGCACAAGACGUGUGGUCAUGGCUUGCCUGCUUCGUUCGGUCACGUCACGUGACCGAUGGGCAACAAACGGUGCCAUUCUGGGGAGGCCUUGUCGGAUACAUUUCUUACGAGCUCGGCGUCUCUGGCGUUACACGUCUACCUGAAAGCAAGUGCAACGGUCAGCAACGUCACCCAGACGUGAAUCUUGUCUUCGUCGACCGCAGCAUUGUCAUCGAUCACUGUACUGAACGUGUUUACGUCCAAUCUCUCCGAGAAGACGACAACGCUUGGCUGGAAGAAACGGCCGCCUUUGUUCGGGAUACAACAAGACCUAGGCCCACCGCAACCCGGCCGCUCUUUUCGAAGCCACCGUCCGUGCGAUUGCCCGACGAGGCUCGGUACAAGGCACGCAUCCUCGCCGCGAAAGAGCACCUCUUCGCAGGAGACUCGUACGAACUCUGUCUAACGGCAAACACCCGUGUAGUUGCGCGACCUACCACUCCCAUGUCAUCAAAGCCUUCAUCCUGGGAGCUUUACAAGCUUCUACAACUACGCAACCCUGCACCCCAUGCGGGCUACAUUCGCCUCGCGCCGUCAACCUUGCUUUCAUCAUCACCUGAGCGGUUCCUAUCCUUCACUAGGGACGGUCGUUGCCAGCUUCGCCCUAUAAAAGGCACCGUGCGCAAGGCUCCAGGCAUCACACGAGACGUCGCGGAGGAAUUGCUCGCUGGUAGCCAAAAGGAGGUCGCGGAGAACCUGAUGAUUGUCGAUCUGAUUCGACACGAUCUACAUGGUGUUGUCGGCGACGAUGUCGUGGUGAAUCAGUUCUGUAAGGUCGAGGAGUACGAGACAGUUUGGCAGAUGGUCAGUGUCGUAGAGGGCGGUCCGCCCAAGGGCGUCGCGAACGCUGAGGUUGGAUGGAAGGUGCUACAACAGAGCCUUCCUCCCGGGAGUAUGACUGGCGCGCCUAAGAAGCGGAGUGUCGAGAUCUUACACACGCUCGAAGACGACGAUAGGAGUAUUUACUCGGGCGUCUUCGGCUACUGGGACGUCGGCGGAGGCGGCGACUGGUCGGUAGUCAUUCGGAGCUGCUUCAAGCACGACAAAGAACGAACUGAGUCUCAGAGAACGCCCGGGAUCGAAGGCGCCGACCCUGAACAACUAUUCGAAGGUGACGAGGGACAGGAGGAGUGGAUCAUCGGUGCAGGUGGAGCAAUCACCGCUCUUUCUGACCCUCAAAGCGAGUGGGAAGAGAUGUGCAUCAAGCUACAAAGUGUCCUGCAGACAUUUUCAGCGGCGGCACCGCAGUCGGCGGUGUAA